GUAAUUCGCGAGGGUUAGACUUUAGAGUGGGCGGCUCGUUGCAGGUCCAAAGCUGAAAGGUCCUCCGGGAGAUCUAAAUUUCCGCUUUCCCAGAAGAGGCGAGAGUCCGCUUGGCAGUAUCUUUGUGGUGUGUAUCCUGUACUUUCCUUGAUUAGGAGAUCCAGAUUCCAUCCUGCUGACUUGAACUUAAUCAAAGACCAUGGAGGCACCUCCGGUGACCAUGAUGCCUGUCACUGGGGGCACCAUCAACAUGAUGGAGUACCUGCUUCAGGGAAGUGUUCUAGAUCAUAGCUUGGACAGCCUCAUCCAUCGCCUUCGAGGUUUGUGUGACAACAUGGAACCAGAGACUUUCCUUGACCACGAGAUGGUCUUCCUUCUUAAGGGCCAGCAAGCCAGUCCAUUUGUCCUAAGGGCACGGCGUUCUAUGGAUAGGGCAGGGGCACCCUGGCAUCUACGUUACCUGGGACAACCUGAAAUGGGGGACAAGAACCGCCAUGCCUUGGUACGAAACUGCGUAGACAUUUCAACGUCUGAGAACCUCACUGACUUCCUGAUGGAAAUGGGCUUCCGCAUGGACCAUGAAUUUGUUGCUAAGGGACACUUGUUCCGCAAGGGCAUCAUGAAGAUCAUGGUGUAUAAGAUCUUCCGCAUAUUGGUGCCAGGGAACGCAGACAGCACUGAGGCCCUGUCCCUGUCCUAUCUCGUGGAACUCAGUGUUGUUGCUCCAGCGGGGCAGGAUGUGGUUUCCGAUGACAUGAGGAACUUUGCUGAGCAACUGAAGCCACUGGUUCAUCUGGAGAAAAUAGACCCCAAGAGACUCAUGUGAUGAGGGCUGCUUGUCCAUUGUUACAGUGGCCCCCGUUGUAACAAACUGUUAGCCCUACCAACAGGUCAGGCAAUAUGGGCUUGAUUCUUUAUUUUUCUCUCAUGUAACAAGUUCACUUGUAUGACCUUUUUUUUUUUACUAAAGACUCAGGAUGACACAAACUCUCUGAUUCCUCUUUAAAGAAGGAAAAUGGAAAUAAGUUAAUUUUUAGAAAGAAAAACUUCUUGUUUUGCCAUUUGUGUAAGGUUUGUAAAUAAAGG